AUGUCACGGCCGCAUGCAUCCUCUGUCGACGCACAGGACCCCUGGGGAGCAGGCGACAUCGCCUCACCCCUCAGCAGCACCCGCACCGCCGAGGCUCAGGACGAUGACGACGAGCUGGACCCAGCCGAGAUCCAGGAGAAGGAGAGGCUUGUCAAGUACGUGUUCGAACCGAUCUCACACGAGCCGAGAAGAUCGCAUGGCUGAACACCUCGCGGCUAUCCACAGGGACUUUACGACCAAGCAGGAUGGGCUCAAAGGUGGGCCUCACCGAUCACUCCGGGAAGAGGAGACACCAUCCCGACGCGGGCACACCGAGCCACUUAUACCUACCCCGCACCUUCGCAGCUCUUAUGGAGAGGAUCUCGAGCGUCAACAAGGAAACUCAAGAGAUCAAGUCCGGUAACGAGACGUUGCAAACAUGUCAGUCUUGCCGAGCUGCGCAUCCGACUCGGGUGGGGAGGGGUUACUGAUUCAACCACUCGUGAUCACCGACAGAUAUCGAUAAUCUGACGCGCAACAAGUACGUCCUUUUCUUGUUUGGUCGUGGUCGUACCGCCGUGGGGCAACGACGGCGUACCGAUCGCGUAGUCACCCACCCCCUCUCCUGUCUCGAUCCACAGUGCACAAGCGGCCGUCUCGGGAGGUGGCAAGCGGUAG